AUGAUAUUUCAACAUGAAAUUGAUUCUCACAUGGCUUUUCGAUUAAUGAAUCAACAUGGUGUUAAUGAACCUAUAAAAUUAAUAUCAAUGUGCCCAACAAUGGAUUUGCUUGCAGUUUGUACUGAAACAGAUUCCGUUUGGGUAGCUAGGUGGUUUAGUGCCUUAGAAAAAAUUUGGACUUUGCCAGCUGGAAAGCAUGGCAAUGACAAAGUAGAGGCAUUAGCGUGGAGACCCGACGGAAAAGUAAUUGCAUUAGGAUAUUCAAGCGGAGCUAUUAGACUAUAUAACGUUGAUAAACUGGAAAUGAUACAUGAAUUGUUUCCUCAACCUAUUGAUCCGCAACAUUCAUUUGAAUCAAUAAAACCAUCUGCAAUAAAUUUUCUGAUUUGGGUUCAGGAGAAUGAAAAUGAUAGUGAAAACGUGAACGAACAACAGAUCAAUUAUAUUAGUACACAUCCUAUACAGAGGUAUUUACCUAAACUUAGCACAAUUCCGCGUGCAAAACCAAUAAGUAAUCUGUUGGGAAACAUAAACGAAUCUCAUGAAGAUGAGAUUGAAAAUGAAAUAUCUAAUCUUAUAGAUUUACUUAUAGCGGGAGACACGUCCGGGAACUUACAUCUAAGCGUGAAGAUUAUAAAUGCUUCAGUUACACCAGACCUCUCUCACAUCACAUUGUUGGUUCUCGCAAGUUAUACAUCCGUGGUAACCAAAACUUCAGCAAAUGAACGAUUAGUUGAAAUUACUCUUAACACGGGAUUGCUUUAUACGCAUAAAAAUGAAAUAAGAACUUUAUCUCAAACGUAUACUAUUAUCAAAUACUUGACAGAGUAUAUAUUUGAAGGCAUGAAACAGAUCAAGGCAGAACACGAAAGUAUGAAAGCAAACGCAAAGAUAUUUAUUGAUAAAUUUCAAUUAGUACUAUCAGAAAGUAAUGCUAACUCGAAAUUGUCUGCAGAGUUUAUUCAUUAUCUAGCCUCUGGAAAACCGAGUUCUUUGCUACACAAAUAUCUGGAAAUGCAUCUUACCAAAAGGGGGCUGAAGGAUUGGGAAAGUAAAGGCCAAAAGUCUUUUGAACAAAUUCGUGAAUAUAUACAUCAUUAUAUUAGGCCAGGUUGCGAAAGGCUGCUUUUACAAUUGAGCACACUGAUUGGAUAUUGUAAAUGGCAGCAAAAGUUCAAGGGUCUUGGAUUGUCUGAGUCAUAUGUUCAUUCUAUUAUAAUUUCUACUGGAUGUCUUGUUAACCGUCUUGAAGAUGUGUUAAAUAUAAUUGAUGAAAAGUACACAAGUUUUAUGGAAUUCCAGCAGUGGCUUCAAUAUGGUUCAAUAGAUCAUAAUCAAACCCAUGAAACACCACCACUCACCAACAUUAGUAAGAUUGCCUCUUAUAUAAAGAAUUCUUUGCAUAUGGAUUUCUUGGAUAGUUAUUUCACAGAAUCAGAGACGGUAGAAAUUUCUUUACCUGAUGUUAAAUUCCCAAAUGCUGCCUCAAUGGAUCUUUAUGAUGGAGGUGAUCCACUAGUCCUUUCAUUUGAACCUAAAAGUUCCGAGUCAUAUAUAGAAAGUUCUAUUAAGGCAGCCGCACCCGCAUAUCCUUAUGACUUUUUUUCUUGUCAGAAAGAAGAUUGGUUUCCUCCAACGUUUCAAUCAUUUGUUGAUAUGUUAAUAUUACGAUGUAAUAAAAUGUCUACCUCAACAGCAUAUAAUGUUGUUAAUUCGGUUAAGGCAGAAGAAUUUUUGUACAUAAUUGAUAAUCUUAUAAAUUAUGACUUCAUGAAUAACGAGAGUUUAGAAGGAACUCAAUCGUUAGUGUUAGACACACGAAUCGUAAUGAAGGAAUAUCAACCGAUUUUAUACGUUGCAUUUUGCCUAUAUGGAUCAGUUCAAUAUUCACCACCAUCCUUGUGGGUUCUCCGAUCAUCAUUAAAAUCUGAAAAUACACCAAAUCUGGAAUUUAAUUCUGAAAAAUCUCUUGAUAAACGAACCAGUGAAAUUUCCGUUAUCGAACUGUCAAAUCAGAAGCAACAAAAUAAGUAUCUUAUAAUAACAGAUAUGCAAUUAUUUGAUGAUGAGAAAAUGCAUUUAAUCAUAACUGGGCUUGAUGAAUCAGAAAAUGAAGUAAAUUGUAUAGUAGAAGUGAAUUACACAGAACUAAACUUUAUACAAGUUAUCGAACCACGCACAGUACUACAAGCGAUAGAAUAUUCAAAAAGAAUCAAUGUUGUUGAUCAAGUAUUAAACCAAAAGAAUUUGGAAAAAUUCUCACCUCUUUUAGUACAAAAAUAUCGGGUGAUUUCACAGUUUAAACCGUUAAAACUAACAACCAAUGGUGCAAGAGGAUUAGCUUGUAUCUUAAGUGAAGAUAAAAAAAAAAUAAUUAUACUUGAUACAAAUGAUCAGGAAGACGAAGAUGAUACGGAAAACGAUAACGAAAUGAUGGAAGAAUAA